GAGGAGUUAAGUGCAUGUCUCCUGCAGAGUUGACGGUUGGUCUCUCUCUCCUGCUCCAGUAACUGGAGGUGCAAGUUCCUUCUUCACCAGCCUCAACUUCAUUUCUGAGAAGGUCUGGGCUGUGUACCACUGCUACAGCCAUGGCACCCAAAAAGAACAAGGCGACCAAGAAGAAUAAAGGAGACAUUAAUGAUAUACUGGUAGAGAGCAGCCCCAUUAACAAGAUCAAUGGGUUAAACACUUUGAUAGAAGGAGGAAACGGCUUCAGCUGCAUCUCAACUGAAGUUACUGAUUCUGUGUAUGCUCCAAACCUCCUGGAGGGUUUAAGCAGCAUGAGACAGGAUAGUUUCCUCUGUGAUCUCACCGUCGCCACCAAUUCAAAGUCUUUCGAUGUCCACAAAGUUGUCAUGGCCUCCUGCAGCGAGUACAUAAGAAACAUCCUGAAGAAGGACUCAACCCUCCAGAAGAUCGACCUGAAUGACCUCUCACCAGUUGGCCUCGCCACUGCAAUCACAUAUGCAUACUCAGGAAAGCUCACCCUGUCACUCUACAGCAUCGGUAGCACUAUUGCUGCAGCCAUGCUGCUGCAGAUCAGCACUUUGGUGAAAAUGUGCAGUGAUUUCCUCAUGCAGGAGCUUAGCGUGGAGAACUGCAUGUAUGUGGCCAAUAUUGCUGAUGCUUACAACCUUAAAGAAACCAAGGAAGCAUCUCAGAAGUUCAUGCGGGAGAACUUCAUCGAGUUUUCUGAGAUGGAGCAGUUCUUGAAGCUUACGUAUGAGCAAAUUAGUGAAUUUCUCACAGAUGAUUCCUUGCAGCUCCCCUCUGAAAUCACAGCCUUCCAGAUCGCCAUGAAGUGGUUGGACUUUGAUGAGAAGAGGCUGAAGUAUGCAGCAGAUCUCCUGACCCACAUCCGCUUUGGCACUAUUUCUGCUCAAGACCUGGUGAAUCAUGUCCAGAGUGUGCCUAGAAUGAUGCAGGACUCUGAAUGCCACCGUCUUCUCGUUGAUGCCAUGAAUUACCAUCUGCUGCCAUAUCAACAGAACAUCCUGCAGUCACGUAGAACAAAGGUACGAGGUGGCCUCAAGGUGAUUCUUACAGUUGGUGGACGUCCUGCCUUGACGGAGAAAUCUCUCAGCAAAGAGGUUCUCUACAGAGAUGCAGAUAACGUGUGGAAUAAGUUGACAGAAAUGCCUGCAAAAAGCUUUAAUCAGUGCGUAGCAGUCCUGGACGGCUUCCUGUAUGUGGCAGGUGGUGAGGACCAGAACGAUGCCAGGAACCAGGCCAAACAUGCUGUUAGCAACUUCUGCAGGUAUGACCCCCGUUUCAACACUUGGAUUCACUUGAACAACAUGAUCCAAAGGCGCACCCACUUCAGCCUCAACAUCUACAAUGGCCUCUUAUUUGCCAUCGGCGGAAGAAACGCUGAUGGUGUUCAGGCCUCUAUGGAGUGCUACGUGCCCUCCUCCAACCAGUGGCAGAUGAAAGCUCCCAUGGAGGUGCCGCGCUGUUGUCACGCCAGCACUGUCAUCGAUGGCAAGAUUCUUGUAUCUGGAGGUUACAUCAACAACGCGUACUCCAGGGCUGUGUGCUCUUAUGACCCCUCUACUGAUACCUGGCAGGAUAAGACCAGUCUGAGCACACCCAGAGGCUGGCACUGCGCUGCCACCAUUGGAGACCGAGCCUAUGUCAUCGGUGGCAGUCAGCUUGGAGGGCGUGGGGAGAGGGUGGAUGUCCUCGUUGUAGAAUCUUAUAACCCUCAUAAUGGUCAAUGGAGCUACUGCGCGCCUCUUCACACGGGGGUGAGCACAGCCGGGGUUUCCAUUUUGAACAACAAGAUCUAUCUCCUUGGAGGCUGGAACGAGGGCGAGAAGAAAUACAAGAAGUGCAUUCAGGUUUACAACCCUGACCUCAAUGAAUGGACUGAGGAUGAUGAGUUGCCAGAAGCUACAGUCGGCAUUUCAUGCUGUGUUGUCACCAUACCCACGCGGAAAACACGAGAGUCCAGAGCCAGCUCAGUUUCAUCAGCACCAGUCAGUAUAUAAAGAUAUAGAUGAUAACCGUGAUGUAGUUUACAUGUCUUUAAAUCUCCAGUUUAUCUGUUGCAGUAGUUUGGUUUUUACACACACCUAUAAAACAGACACCAGCUAUAAGAUAAGAAAAUGUUGGAAAAAAAAAGUAAAGACUGUAAAAUUAGUUUAAAUUACACACAUAUUUUAAACAGUUAAAGCUCAUUUAUUUGUACCUUUGGUGUCAUUAACGCCAUAUUAUAUUUAUGAAAGAGACAGGCAAACUAUAGUAAACAAUACAUUUCAUCAUGUUUAGUCAAAUUUCUUUCUGGGGCCAAUUUUAGCUGGAAUAUAGUCUUUGCUCUACAGCCAAUAUAAUGUUAUUUAAAAAUCAAUUUAAUACAAAAAAAGAAAGCUCCGCAAACAUUAAAAUUCUGAACUUGUUCAUCAUCAUGUGUACAAUGACUUUAGCUACUGUAACUCAUACUUGAAUAGCAUAUGAAGCUGGAGUGAGAGUGUUGGUGGUACCUACCAGGAGUAGGGGCCUGUGAUCAGUGUUUCCACACACCACACAGUGCGACUGCAGUUUCUCUUCAUGUAUCUCAUGUACAUCAUUCAGUUGUCUGCUGUUGUAUGUUGUGUGAUGGCCAUAAACAUUAUUCAGGUAAUUCAAACAGAUUUUGUUGGAGAAAUGAGGGAAUGAUGAAGGCUGAACACUGUCCGAUGUGGUACUAACAUACCAUUUUGUAAAAAAGAAAAAGGAAAAUACAAGAUGGGAACGACAUUCAGAGCCAGAGCUUUCCCAGAAAUUACAAAUUCCCUAACUGCUCAUGUCUUUCUACUGUAUGUUUGUUUUUAAAUUAAAGAUAUGAGGUUUAAGCUACUCCGAGCUCUGUCAUUUAUUCAUGUCUAUGCACCAUAAACCUUUUCAAACAUUCAGGUUUUAUAGAAGUUGAAGGUUUGGUGUAUGCCAAUGCAAGAAGAUGCUUUGUAAAAUUUUUAUAGGAACCUUAUUUCAAUUCAACCACAGAUUUCUACACCACAAUUUUUAUAAUUAAAAUGCUCCCCUUCUUGAAAGAAAUCCUACUUAUUGUAACCCCCAAAAAAUAUCAAGCUGAAGUUUCCCCUUGGAAGAGGGUUGAUUGUUGAAAAUUUUGUUCUUGUUCUUUUUUUUACUCGUCCCAGUAUAUUACUUUUGAAAGUCUAUGAAAUGUAAAUCUUUUAUUUCGGAGCCAUCUUUACACGCCCAGUCCUUCCAGACUUAAUCAUAUUAAACUGAAGCCUGUAAUGACUUAUUAUAUAGUAAAAGAACGAACAUGGCCUCAUACCGUUUAAGAGCACUAUAGGCUUGUGUGAGGAAAAGAAAAAGAAAAUCAUUGUUAAAAGCAUCAGUCUGAGAAAAGCUUUAUAGACCAAACACAUAUCUGACCAUGCUUAAUAAAUUUGGUAAAAAAAAAAAAAAAUUAAAAAAUCUAAUCUGUAAAAG